AUGGACCAUGUGUCUAUUGACAUCGACGAGGAGUCUGAAGACGAAGCCCUCACUUCCGAAGUCCUCGCCGCAUUCGACAAGCUCCAUGAGCAGUUGCGUAGACAUCGUGCGCUCGUGGUGCAGCCGGCUGUGCCACGGCAGCCGUUUCCGUUCAUGCGGUUACCGUUGGAGUUGAGGGAGCAGGUGUAUGAUGAGUACUUCAGGCCUGAGAACAGACUGGAGUUGUAUGAAGCCGGCGAAGGGAUAGGUGGCAUGUACAACUUCGAGUUCACACUGCUGAGGACGAGCAAACAAGUCUACCGGGAAGCGCUGAGGAGUUGGCGGAAGAACGUGUUUGUGCGGAUCGAGACGCCGUGGCCGCAUGCUGUCCACCAUAUCAGAUCCGAAGGGCAGGUCCCAAUCGUCGCAGCUGGGCCCCGCGCGCUCAAGUGCUUUCAGCACAGAGCUCUCGUCCAGAUCACAGCACCCUUACAUGGCGUCACCGUACCCGACCACGCCAUCGUCCUACUUCUGGAGGAUGUGUCUAAGUUCACAAGAGUGUGGUACUAUUCAGCGUUGAAUUAUGUCAGCCUAAACCCACAAUUGUGCCUUAUAUUCGCACUCCGCGAGCCGUACACGCCAAGGGACCCCAAGCCAGUUCCCCUCGAGCUUCAAAGGAAACUUCUUCUUCCCUUUGGUGACGUAAAAGAUCUCUACGACACACAAAUGACAGGCUACGACGAAAGCGUCAUCGCCGAGCUCCGCAAGGCAAUGAAGGUCCCAUAUCCAACAGUCCGUGAAUCAUGCGAGCUAGCCACCACGCUCAUGGAUGAAGGUGACCUCUUCCUCGCGACCAACCAGCCCCAGCUCGCGCACAUUUCCUACAUCAAGUCCUUCGACGCGAUCCAUAUCAAGAUCUCCGGGCGCAACCGCAGAAUCCUCGCCGACGGCCACUUUGCAGAUGACAUCCACGAGGGCCGGUACGCGGGCCAAGCCGCCAUGACAGUGCGCGUCGUUUUGCGCAUCCGCCUGGUCACACGCAUGAUUCGCACCUACAUCCACCUCGGGCAGCCCAACGAAGCAGCCUUCUGGGGCAUCCGGUCCAUCAAACUCGUGCGCCAAGGGUUGUCGCCGAACGCCGACAUGGAUGACUUCUACAGCGACUUCAUCGGAUCGUCGGACAUUGCGAUGAUUUAUGCGUGGACUGCGGGUGCGUUUCAGCUGAUGGAGGCAGAGGAACAGUGGAAGGAGGAAAUAGAGGGAUAUGCGUGGGAGGAUGGAGGCGUGGCGGAUACGGAGGUCAUGUGGCGGAGGGCAGGGUUGUAUCUCGCAAGCGAGAGGUAUGCGGGUGAGAGGAAGGGAAUGGUAGAGGAAAUGAGGAGGGUAGGGAUCAAGCCGCCGGCGGGUGUGUUCACGGAUGAGGCGAGUGAGAUCGACAGCAUGCGCCAUAUGGAUAUGGGCGAUGUGGAAAGUUGA